AUGGAAGAGUCAAGCCAUCCACUUGCUGGAUAUUUCCGUUGGUGGGCACUCAUCAAUGGAGAUAUGACAGCAACUACCGGAAUCACCAUAGGUGUUGCGGAAGCACCCGUCGCAUUGCCUCGUCCAGUACGUGGCUACAGGAAUGACGCUGAAGAAGUGUAUUACUUUUUAAGUGGAAAUGGAAUUGUUUCGGUGAAUGGAGUGGAAAAACAUGUUGGACCAGGUACCACAGUAUGGAUACCAGCACAUGCUGAGCGCUUUUAUCACAAUACGGGCACUGAAACAUUGAAAUUUUUGUAUGUCUUUGCACGAGAUAAGUAUAGUGAUGUGCACUAUACCUUUGCUGGUGAAUCAGAAUCAACAUCGUAG